UCUUUAUUGUUGGAAAAUGAAUACCGUAUUCAUAAUCGAUUGCAUUAUUAUACAUUUAUAUGUUAAUACGGUUUGGAAAUUGUAUUCAACAAUUUAUCAAAAUUGUGACAUCCUUUUUGUGACCCCGCCUCUGAUGAGUCUGGUACCGGCGUGACGUCAAAUCAAGUUGUGUUGACAUCAAGCUAACGGCUAUAUACAGGAGAUCAACCAACCCUUGUCGACUUGCUAGGUAGAUCCAACAUUAAUGUUCUGAUGGUGUUAUUCGGAUAUUCGUGGUCUCGCACACAUGCUCGUGGUGUUCUGUGCAUUAGACAUGCAGAACGGAUAUAACGAGAUUGGGUUUGUGCAGCAAAUUCUUAGCUUGAAUUUGGUCCCUAGGAAAAAUGGAACCAAUCGAGGCAACGACACAUCGCUUAGCGACUUCUCAGAGAUGUGGUAUGGAGUCUUCUUGUGGGCUGCUGUCUCUUCACUGGUGUUCCACCUCCCCGCUGCUCUCCUGGCCCUCGCCACCCUGCGACAACACAAAAUAGCCCGCUUCAUGCCCAUUGCCAUCAUACUGAUGAGUAUCGUGGGCCCUGUGUGUGGUGGUGUCCUUACCAGUGCCGCCAUUGCUGGGGUGUACAAAGCAGCAGGGAAGAGGAUGAUCUCCUUGGAGGCCUUGGUGUUUGGAGUGGGCCAGUCCUUCUGUGUCCUCAUUAUCUCCUUCUUAAGAGUCCUAGCUACACUCUAGCACUGGGACACAGGAACUCAAGGAGGGAGAGGGGGGCAUGCAAUCAGCAGGACGGCAUAUGCAAGACAGCUGUUCCUUCAGAGGCCUUAUUUUCUAUAUCUGUUAUCGGAUGACUUUGUUUGAUACAUGAUUAGUUGCCAAAGUGGUAUAUUUCAGGGCUGGUCAGGGGCUCUGUUUUUCUAUGUGUGUUAUCAUCAGCCUUCUCAUUCUGCGUGUUAUAGAUGUAUCAUACACAUAGCUGAGAAUGAAACAUUCCAGCAUGCAGGAAAUUUGUGCUCUACAAUUUGGAUGAAUACACUCCAUUUAUACUGUCUCGAUAGUUCCACAACCUGGUAAAGACAACAAGUCUGAUGUGCAUGCCAUCAGACAAACACUAAAGGAGAGCAUUCUCUGCUCUGUUCCACCACAGACCAAUCAGCUUAAAUACAAUGUCUUGACUGAGGUGUGAUGUAUUCACAAUGAGGCACAGUGCUCGACGAUAUUGAAAUUGAAAUAUCUAAGUCAGACAUAGCUACAACUUAAGCUUUUAUUUCCACAUAUAUAUUUCUCUUUCUCUCUCUCUCCAUAUUCCAACUUGGGGUGUGUCUAAUUAUAAUUUUAAAAUAUAUAUAUAUUUAAGUCCAUUCCAGCUUCUUCUGUAAGCAGAGGCAAUAGAGAGAAGUGGAGACAAUGAAGAGAAGGAAAGUUGUAAGUUCCCAAUCUCUUUGUAUAUUGCUGAGCAAAUCAUAGGGAAUAGUGUUGACUAAUCUCAUAUUUAUUUUAUUUUCCUUAAAUAUAAUGUUUUCAAUAUUGUUAGGGUAUUUUUAGAUAGUUGAUCUGUGGGUUAUAUCAGUGUAUAUACAAAAUACUUUUUCUGAGUGAAAUCUUUACACAAAACAGUUGCAGACUGUUCUAAGUUCUCUGGUGGCGUCAGUGUGCUUAUAUAAUUUAAUAUCUCUUGAGAACCUUUUCAGCAUUGCUCUUUUUUUGUUAAUGUUCUAUUGGCCUUAAUGAUGUUAAAGGUGUACAGUAUGUAGGAAUAGUGUAAUAUAUUGUUACUUUGGCAUUGAUUAUGCUAAACUAAUAAGAGGCAACCUCACUCUAAACCAUGAAUGUGAAUCAGAUUUCCUUAAAAUUCCUUGUGGAAUUUCUUAAAUCUUUUUACCAAAGAGAACCUAAAACAUAUGUACACCUGGUUUUAGUUUGAACUGAUAGCCCCCUUGUCCCAAAAUCCUGCUUUAAUUAAGGGCUCUAUUCAAUCUGUAUCGCUGAAGCAUUCCAGAUUUCGGGGUGUAAAGGUGUUUACUGUGAAUGCAGUCUCUGCUAAUGCUGAAACACUGCCUUUACAUUUGAUUCGCGCUGUAACGCUGAACUUCCGUAAUACGGAUUGAAUAGAGCCCUAAAGGUUUCGGUAUUGUGUCCAGACUUAUAAAUCAUGAGCCGUGUGUAAGAACGAGGUAAAAGUCCAACUCCGCGAGAAAAAAGUCCCAAUCCACCAUAGAAAAGCACAGCUUUGCAGAUGUCUCUAUUCUAAGCCAAGAGUAGCAGACUAGUGAAAUCAAGCAUUACAGUCCAACAAAAAGCUUUUUGUGUUUUGUUAUUCAGCAUGGCUACAUGCAUAUUGUUCAAAACUAUCAGCAGUGUAGUGGUCAUUAGUGCAGUAACAAAACCACAUCCUUUUCAAAACACUAGUGUGGUGGACUGGUUAUAGGAACAAAUGAGGAUGGUUGGCCAUCACACUAUUUGGUAGUGGUUCAUUAUUGUAAUGUAGACAGAUUUGUGGUGAUUAAAGUUUCUUAGCAGCAGGCUAGAGCUGUUCUGUCUGGCAGUGAUAUCAUGAGGGGUGACAUGUUGAAAGCCAUGCUCUGCUUAUCUGGGCCUUGAACACCUCAAUUCCACAGAAUGUUUAUUUUUCUAAAGUUCUUUAACUUUCCUUAUUGUAGCAUGACUGCACACUACUGUUUGUUAUAUAGCUAGUUGGUUUGUCUUGCUUUAAAUAAAUGAAUGCUCUUUCUUGCCCAUGUGAUUUUAAUCCAUGGAUUGAUUUUGGUUUUACAAGACAAGGUUGAUUUUAUUACAUUAAAUUAAAGUGCCAAUUGUUCAUAUUUUCAUGUAAUAAAAUAUUUCACGUUAUAA